CAUGGCUUUAAAUGCAGGAAUGAUUAGGUAGUGAAUCUACUAACCAAACGUCUUGCAACAAACGGAGUUAAGCUACUUUGCCUGUCUCCUCCAUCAUGAUGGUCCAACAUAAAAUGUGGGUCGUAUUGGUUGUUCUUGUAGCAGUGCAUGCCGCCAAUGCAGCUGAGUGGGAGCCGCUUGGUUGCUACGCAGAUGACCGCGACCGAGCAAUGCCUCAUUACUUCAAAAGUGUAGUAUCCAGUGACUAUAAACACAUCUUCGAAGAAUGCCGAAAAGAAGCCGAGAAACGAGGUUAUGAUUACUUUGGUGUUCAGUACUUUAAAGAAUGCUGGGGAUCCAAAGAAGCUUAUGCGACGUACGACAAGCAUGGCUGCAAGGACAACUGUAAAGUCCAAGGCAAAUUUGGCAUCGGAACCACAUGGUCUAACUUCAUGUACCGGCGGAAAGAUGAAUGGACCGAGUGUAGUGCAAAGGAGUGCGGCGAAGGUGUCAAAUAUAAACUUAUACUUUCCAAAGACACUCGUCCCAAUUGUCCAUCGUACAACGUGAAGAUUACAAAAUCAAUAGUAACCAAGCCUUGCUCAGCUGCUAAGCCUUGUCCAGUUGAUGGUGGAUGGAGUGCCUACUCAGCCUGGUCUACUUGUAGUAAGACCUGUGGUGGAUCGGGAACACAGGAGAGAACUCGUACAUGUACCAACCCUGCACCUGCCCAUGGUGGAAAACCAUGUUCUGGUCUAGCAAAAGAGACCCGUGAAUGUCAUUCUGAGCCUUGUCCAGUUGAUGGUGGAUGGAGUCCUUACUCGGCCUGGUCUUCGUGUAGCAAGAAAUGCGGAGGAGGAACGCAGAAGAGAACUCGCACCUGCACCAACCCGCCACCUUCCCAUGGUGGAAAACCAUGCUCUGGUCUUGCUGAAGAGGCACGAAAGUGCAACAAAAACAAAUGUGCACCAAAACCUUGUAGCGUUGAUGAUAUUGUCAAGUAUGUUCUUGAUGCUCUGCCUAAAGGAAGCGUAGAGGUUAAUAACCAUUUAGUGGGAGCUAUCUUCCAAGUUGUCAAAGGCAUGGGAGCAGCUAAAGGUAUUCCAAAGAAUGUUAAAGUUAACAAGAAUGAGAUGAUCGAUAGGAUAAAGAAAGCAAUGGAUCACAAGGGAUACACUUACGCACGAACCAUGAUGGGAUUCAUCCUGCAAAAGCAAGAAGAUUGUCGUGGUACUGGUGAUAAGAUUAUCAAAGAGAUCAAAGACGCUCUGGGAGAAGAUAAAUUCAGGGAUUUCCUAGCCGUGGAUGGAGAUGUUUCUCUCGUAUUUGUCAUUGACACCACUGGAAGUAUGGGACAAGAAAUCCACCAAGCCAAAGCCAUUGCACGAGCCAUAGCUAGGCACAAGAGAAAAGGAAAAGUGGAUUUUAUUCUUUCUCCAUACAACGAUCCAGGCUCCGGACCUGUCAAAAAAUACUCAUAUGAGAAACGUGCAGACUUUAUAAGAGCUAUCAAUGGCCUUCGAGCUAGGGGGGGAGGUGACUGUAACGAGCUGGCUUUUAAUGGAAUUAUCAAUGCUAUCAAAGUUGGAGAUCCAUUACCAAGUUCUCCCAUGUAUGUCUUCACUGAUGCACCUCCCAAGGCCAGAGGAGAUUACAAUAGAGAUAACGCCAUUGGAUAUGCCCUGGACUACAUGAUGCCUGUAAACUUUUUCUUCAGUACUAAGGGUUGUGGUCAUCCAGAAAACAAUGCUGAUUACAAGGCCAUAAUGGAAGAUACCGGAGGUUUGGGUCUAUUUUUCAAGAGUGCUUCAGCUAUCAGUAGUGCCGAUGCCCUUGUCAAAACCGACCUGGACGGUUCUACCAUUAUUUCGUCAGGAGGAAGCAGAAGCACAAGAGGCAAAAGGGAUCUCAUCGGCCUUUGGGAACGAGCGUCGCGUGAUGUAGCUUUUCCAGUUGACGAAAGCGUUGCAAACCUUAUCGUUUCUAUCUCCGCACAAUCCAAAUGGAAUGGCGUAAAGCUUGUUGRUUCCAGAGGUAGAAACGUAGCUCAUACUUUAAAUAUGAACAAAGGAAAGCUUUGGUUAAUCAAGAAUCCAACAACGGGAACCUGGAGAUUGUCUGUCCCAGCCGGUGUGCGUGGUCUGUCCUACGAGAUCAAGGCCAGUGCUGUUUCCAACAUUGAGUUUGACCAGAUGUUUGUCAGGACUCUGAAACCGUCUGGAAUGGUUGUUCCAAUAUCCAAUCCAUUAAUUGGGGAAAAGGCAACGGUGAAACUUCUUCUGCCACAUAUUUCACGUCUUAACAUGGCGGCAUUGAAAGCCGAUCUCGUCAACGAACACGGAGUAAGAAUCAAGGAUUUGACGUUCAAAGAUGACACCGCUGCCUUCGACCUCCCUUCUGCUAAAUCCUUUAAGAUCCGCUUGUCGGGCAAGACACACGACGGCAACGCAUUCCAGAGACUGUCGAGUCAAGAGAUCAAACCAAAAACAGCCAUCAUCCGCUCUAAGAUCGACAAGAGUCUCCUGACCAUCAGAAGAGGUAGAAAAUCAUUUUUCAGAGCUGUAAUAGAUUAUGCAGGUCAUGGAUCCAAGAGGUUCAGAGUGGGUGUAUCCGUAGUUCCACGAAAUGUAAGAAUCUCUUUCAAACGUUUCAUAAAGGUGAAAAAGGGAAGACCAGGGGUUGUUUCUAUCUCUCUACAUGCUCCACGAGUAAUCCCAUCUGGUACAGUUGUCAAAGUUAAUAUUCUUGCCCGCCACCGUCACAUCAAGCUGAAUCUUUUAGCCAAUUUGAUGGUUAACUAACUAAAUAAUUCAAUGAGUAUGGAUAAUGAAACGGAUAGUAAGUUUGUUUCAAUUAGGGGAUAAAAAGCAAAAUAUAAAUAGUAUAAGUGGUAAGAAGCGGAUCAAGUCAAGUCAUCAUGAUUAUAGGUUAAAGAAACAAUAAAGAGUAAUUGAAAGCAUUUGA